AUGCACAAGAUCACCAAUUUUACAGGCCAGGCCCGUCAUGGGUGGGAAAGAAUGACCCCGACAUUUAGCAUUUCCCGGCCUCAUCAGGACAUGUCGCAGGCCCUUCGAAGGCCCCAUCACCUUCCUCCAGUUACAGUGCCGCCGGGAGCAGAUGCCACUGUAACUCUCUCCUUCAACGUCCCUUUCUCCUCGAACCUUGCCGGCCCAGAUCCCGAAGAUGUCCUACACUCGAGCCCCGGUGCUUUCCAACGGUGGACAUUUCCUGAGGGAACGCCCGAGGGUACCCCGAUCCAUAAACUCCCCGUCCACGCAAACAACCUAGAUGCGCUGAGAAAGCUAUGUCGAAAUGUUAGUGAGUCCAGCCAUGGCAGAAUUGAAGCCACCGUAACUUCAUCAGAACCCAAGGCCGUCGCCUCGUUACAACGCCGCCCGCAGGGACUCGUCACCAAUGUGUGUAUUUCCGGCGAUGGCGAAACUGUCCAGCAAGUGCGACAGAACAUUUUGAAGGAAACCCCGAUAGCCCUGAAGUGUGCUACGGUUGACAUUGAUGUCAGCCUAGUCAUGGACAAGAAUACGAAUGGCGUCCGGUCAAGUGUCCUUGAACACCUUGACACGCUGGCACGAUAUACCGGAGCAGAUAUCUUUCUGUUGAGCCCAAAAAUCCUUGAUGCUGACAGCGCCAUUGUGUCAUCGUAUGGACACUCUACAGAAAACGGGCUAGAAAACCGGUUUCGCGUUGCGAUAUACAGUGAUGUGGAAAGUGCGGAACAUGCCAAAACUAGAGUAUUGAUCAUGAUCGAUCAAAUUUUGAAACGCCGUGUCGAUGCGAUGAAGCUUGAGUUGUCAAUGCAUACCCUGGUCUGUGGCCGUACCCGCAAGAACAUCAAACUUAUCGAGGCAUCAACCAACACUGCCAUCUAUUUUCCACCACCGUUCCCACGAGUUUUUGGCUAUACCCCGCCUGGGGGUAGCCGAAGAAGUGAAGACGAAGUUUACAUUACCGGUGAAACUCAAGAGCAAAUCAGCCUUGCAAAGCAAAAGUUGCACGACCUCGUCAGCGGAGUCAAGAUCUUCAUGAAGAAUGUAAAACUGUCGUCGAGUAAAAUCGACAAUAUUCUCCUGGAUCGUUUGGAUAAAGUUCGGAAAGUGAUGGAGGCAAAUGGCACCUACGUUCUCUUCCCAUCGUUGGGCAGUCAGCAUGGUAUUGUUCGCGUUCAAGGAUCCGAAGUCUUACAUAUCGAGCGAACGGUCAGGGAGAUCAUGGCGUUGGCCGGCCAAUUUUACAGUGCAUCUUGGUGGCUUAUUCUCCCCGAUCCUACCCAAUCCGGCUCAAUGAGAGGCCCGUCCCCUGCUGAUGUUAGGACUAUGCUUUCUGAUAUUUGCACGAAUUCGGGCGCUGAGGUCAGCUUUGAUAAACUGACCUUCACCAUCAACGGCUCGGAUGAUUCUGUCAAAGCCGCCAUGAUGGUGAUCCAACAGAUCCCCUUCGUUAAGCGGACCCCCUACCAACUGCGUGUUAAGAUCGAGCUAGCAAAUGAGCACAAAGAGUUCGUCAGCGGCAAGAAAAAUGGCAAGAUAAAUAAGAUCAUGGGUCAAAGCAAUGUUCAAAUUAUCUUCGACGGUUUCAAUGAGUACAAUUUCUACAUUGACGUCUGCGGAACUCAAUACGAUGCUACCAGGAAUGGGCUUGACCUAGUUGAGCAGGAAAUGCCUGCUUCUAUAUCGUUCCAUGUUCCUGACCAGUACCACAAGCGAAUAAUUGGCAUUGGUGGUCAACAUAUCCAGCGGAUCAUGAAGAAGUAUUCCGUUUUCGUCAAAUUUUCAAAUGCAAUGGACCGUGGCGGUGUUGGCAAGGAGGAUGAUGACGUUAAGAUCGACAAUGUAAUCUGUCGGACCCCUGCUCGGAAUGCCCAAAACCUCGAUUUGGUCAAACAAGAGAUUAUGGACAUGGUUGAGAAAGUUGAUGCGGAAUUUGUUGCUGAGACCGUCGUCAUUAACCGCCUGUAUCACCGCGAAUUACUAGCCCGCAUGUCUGAGAUUGAGGAACUUGAGAAAAAAUGGAACUGCAAGAUAGACUUUCCAAGCACUGAGUUGGCAAGUGAUUUUGUGACCAUUUCUGGGCCGGAGUAUCAAGUUCCUCAGGCGGUAGAUGCUUUCCUGGGAAUGGUGCCUGAGAGCCAUGAGCUUUCCUUCCAGACUUCCACCGAGCUUCGAGAAUUUUUCAAGUCCCCCGAAUUCUGCAAUGAUGUCCGAGGAAAACUCAAAGAGCAAUAUGAAGUCGAUGCAGUUGUGGAUAUGAAUGCGGAAGCGCAAUCGUCCCCUGAGAAUCAACCUCCACCAGAAGACCGGAUCAUGCUCGGGUACACCCGGAACAAUGCCGGCGGACUCAAAGACGCCAUUGAUUUUCUCAUUUCUCGACUCGUAUCCCAUGGCCUUGAUGCAACAACCGUCAAGGGGGCCAUCCAGAGACCCAAAUCAGACUCCUUCGAAGAAUCCUUACCAUUUUUCGAUUCUAAAUUGCUACAACACGCCCCAGCUCCUUUAGCAACUGACUCCCCAACACGCCAUAACUUCUCAGAUGACGCGAGCGAUCGGGGUUCCAUCUUCGAACGCCUCCGCAAGCCAGGCAGCAUCUCGUCCUUCUCUUCCUUCAUUGGACGCAAGAACCAGUCUGGGUCCCCCGGCUCAUUCUUCAAACACGCCUCCAGCAAUGCUUCCAAGGCCUCCCUCAUAUCCAUGGAGUCUCGUGACAGUGGAUACAAGAAUCCCUGGAACGACUCUGGUGUGAACCUCCCCGAGGACGACGUCUUAAACACCAACGGAUGGGCGUCUCGUUUUGAUAACAAAUUUCCAUUUGGGACUGCGCCGGGAGACAUGACACCCAAACAUGACCUUCGUGCCUCUUUUGACAGCGGCCGCCCAAGUACCUCCAAUUCUACUUCUGGAUACCCGGCUCCUAUCGGGCCACCCCGUUGA